AACAAGCGAGUCUAAACGUCAGUGUCAAAACAGAGUGAGCAAUGUUAAUAACAAAUUAAUUUCGCGCACACGGCUCGACGACGCGAGUAUAAACAAAAAUCGCAAGUGACGGUCGUCGAGACACGCGUUGCCGGACGGUGUGUGCGGUCGGUGGUUGUUGUUUGCGUGCGUGUUGUGCACUUUCGGUCCUAAUCGUAAUCGCUCCAAUUAUUUUCGAUUCCCAGCCGGGGCACAAGCAGUGAAAGUGUUAGAAAGGCGCUCCGCAUCUCUUUACGCAAUGAUGUUGUGCACACAAUUCGAAUCAAACCGACGACGACGAUAAAUGAGAGAUUAUGUCUCACAUUGAGGCGAAUUUAAGGGCGCAAGCCCGGCUCGACUAUAAAUGGAUCAAGACUGACCUGCAGACUACAUUCCAGUCCCCGGAGGCCCUGCAGACAGCGUGGAACUCACUCAUCACUGAUGGUGAGCUCACUGGGCACUUCUGUGAUGGUUUGCUGAAUUGUGCUGGGGUUUUGGCUCGCAAGGGGCACAAUGGGAAGUAUUAUUGUGGCUUGAGGGUUUUAACAUGCACGUGCUGCGAUACGAUUUGCGGGCCGAAUUCGGGGUGUAAUUGUGGUGCGUGUCAGAAAUUGGACACUGAGGAGACCAUCACGAAUGCUAACACCGAGAAAGUUGACGAUGCGCUUACGCCACAGAAUAUUUUAAAUUCAUGGACAUGGGGACCUAAACCAAAACAAGAUGAUCUAGUAACCCUCAUCGAAAGCCUAAACAACGAGCAACGCAAACUAUGCCUGGACUCAUCCAACACAUCCCUCUCCGCAAUCCGCCUCCAUCAACGCUUAGUAAUAUUCAAGCGUUACUACGUCGCCAUCAGUCGCGACAACAAAGCCCAACUCUUGGAUCAAGAACAAAAACACCUCAACUCGAACUACACAGGCAGCGAAACCGCAUUACCAUCACUACUCCCACAAACCCAAACAUCUUCCACCAACGUAACCGCCAGCAUAGUCUCAUCCAUCACCAAAAUAAAACGCAAUGCAAGUAUAGGAAGUGCACAAUGCACAGACCCAACCAUGGGAUUAGCCAGAGUAGGAUCCCGAGCAGCUCUUAAUUUUUCCUUCGCUUUUCUAAGAAGAGCAUGGCGUAUGGGUGAAGACACAGAACUAUGCAGUGAAUUACUAACAGAAAGCCUCGAAGCAUUACAAAUGCUACCAGUAGGAACCCUGUUUGAAGAUUCAAGCAUGUCACCCAUAUGGAUGGAAGUAGUUGAGAGAAGUGUCAAAUUCUUGCGACAGGUUGUCACAGGCGAGAUAAACGCCGGACGUGUCCCACAAGAAGACCAACACACAUCAUUAAACCUCCUACUGGAAUUAUCCCUGCAGAAAGCAAGGUUAAGUAACAUGCUUGACAUGUCCUUACUUUUACUUACCAUGUGGGAAAAACGCACGAAAAGUGAUGAUAACCGCUCACAUCCACAAACAGCAACAGCCCCAUUGAGUCUAUUUAUGAAACGCUUUGAAUCCAUCCCAUGCACGCGUAUAUCCCCUUCCCCUGAGGAUUCCGACCCCACAUGCACACAGAUGUAUUUAAGGUACACGCAGUUACCGGAUGAUGAUUCCAUGGAGGUAGACAUGCGUCAGGCUUCGGUGUUUCUCAUGUCGCAUCUGGAUCGACUUGCACGUCCACAUAUUCCUCCACAAUCUUUUAACAAGAGUGUAACUAAUUACAACGUGCAGCAAUUCAUGGCUUGGGGGUACCUCGCGUGGAAUACCGGUACCAGCCCGCAGGUUAUCGACGCUUUGUCCAAUAUAAACAUCUGUCAACUAUGUUGUGGGUAUAGAUGUCUCCUAGCGUUGUCCUUGACAGGCCUAGUGUAUAUUAUACAGCUAUGCACGGAAUCACCAUGUCUGCAGCUGGUGGAAGGGUUGAAGGAUAAGACUGUGAUUAAAAUCGCCACGCAUCCGGAGGGGAAACACAUGAUGGCGCUGACGAUGACUCAAGAGGUGUAUUCAUGGGGUGUGGGUGAUGGCGGACGUUUGGGACAUGGUGAUACGUUGAGUAAGGAUGAACCCACUUUGAUUGAGGUGUUGAGUGAUAAGGAUGUGGUGGAUAUACGCUGUGGGGGAUCCUACAGUGCGGUGAUUACCACUGGUGGUGUGUUAUACACUUGGGGAAGGGGUAAUUAUGGUAGACUUGGGCAUGGUACCUCGGAGGAUUGUCUGGUACCCACUGUGGUGCAGGCCCUGCAAGGGCAGAUUGUUGUUGCGGUUGCCUGUGGGUCAGGGGAUGCGCAUACGUUGUGUGUGACAUCUCAGGGUAAGGUCUACUCAUGGGGUGAUGGUGAUUAUGGUAAACUAGGACGUGGUGGUUCAGAUGGUUCUAAACUACCUAAACUUGUGGAUCGUCUUCAGAAUACUGAUAUUGUUAAUGUCUAUUGCGGGUGUCACUUUAGUAUGGCACUAUCUCGAUGUGGGAAGGUUUAUUCCUGGGGUAAAGGUGAAGGAUGGAGACUGGGACAUGAAACUGAUGAACAUGUGAGGUUUCCCCAGUUUGUGCAAACCCUGGAAGGGAAAAGAAUCGCCAGUUUAAGUUUGGGUACUGAGCAUGUUUUUGCGUUAACGGAUAAUGGGGAGGUUUACGGAUGGGGCAAGAAUCACUACAAGCAGAUUUGUGAUAGUAAUGAUAGUAUCAUCAGCACGCCGAGGAGGUUGGAUGCGUUGCAGGGGCAGGAAGUGGUUGGGAUCUGUUGUGGGCCGACGCAGAGUUUUGUCUGGGCGGAUUUCAGCGCGUGGAUACCGAAUGUGAAGGUGCCGUUUGUUAUUGAUUUGUGUGAGGCGACUUUUCGGCAGUUGGAUCAACUUCUGGAGGUUGUGUGUGAGAAUAGUAAGCAGGGGACGUUCACGCAGGAAAAAGAGUGUAUUGCUAUCGCUACGCUCAGUUUAUUGCUAUUACAGUUGCAUUGUAUGAUUACAAAUCAAGUCGAUGCGAAGACCCUGGGUUUGCCCCCUGGGUCUAAAUUAUUAUUAUCGCUAAAAUCUCGCGUUGUUUACCUGGCGAGUUCAACUGGUAUCCUACAAACCGUGCAGAAUGCAGCACAGAGUACACUUCAAGCCGGAUGGAUUGUCAUGCUUCCCACAGCGAAUGAACGCGCGAAUACUUUGUCAGCUUUACUUCCCAACACUGGUUUUGAACCUGGUGCGCUUUCCUGUGGUCAUCGCUUCAUGACAGAUCUCUUGGUAUGGAGUUUAAUGUCCGACGGAGGGUUGGAAACUGCUUUAAUGGAAGCAAUGCGUGCGGAGAGUGAACUUGUUGAUACUCUUGAUGAAAACUAUGAUGAACAAUCCACUUCGACCGGAAAUACCAUAACCAUACCUCUCUUACACCUUGUAAAACAACUUUUAAAGAAUAAUAGCUAUAUGACACAGAUUCGCCUGCAGGAUUUUGCGAAAACUUGUAAAUUGGUCCCCGUGGAGAAGAUUGACAAAGAUUCACCGAGUUUGAAUUUAUUACUGAGGUUCCAGCGGCAAAUUAUUGGGAAAAUCUUUAAAGAUAAAGAAGGAGAAGCGGCCAUGUCAUUGUUAAAGAAGUAUCUCUAUCAGGUUGCGGAGCAUAUUACACAGACAUUGAAUUUGGCGUAUGAAACAGCGUCACAGAAUCCAAAACAUUAUCUUUAUGUGAUGCAGAUACUCAAAGGAGACAUUACUGAUAUAAUUUUACCCGAGUUAAUUGUGUCGGUGAUACUCCUAGAGCAGGAAAUCGACCAUUUUUUGUUCAACAUGGACUGGUUGGCUGUCUUUGACUCGUUGUUAUCAGCGCUUGAUAAAUUGUGUAAAUUAUCACCGAAUAUCGAAGCGAUGGAUUCGGAUGACAUUAGUUGGCCGGGGAUUUUUCAUCCGCAACCACCUAGACACUCACAUAAAAUCGAAGAUUUACCUCUGAUAAGAAAGUCGGAUAUGGACAAUCAUAACCUAGAUGGUGGCCUAUGGGUAAUCAUCAAUGGAAAAGUAUACGAUAUUCAAGAUUAUAGGUGUGAAAAUUCCACGCUUUUGGAAAUCCUGCAGAAAUACGCUGGCAAAGAUGCUUCCCAUGUGUUUAACAGCAUGCCGCAUAGUUUAUCAACACUACAAAUGAUGGAAUCCUACGUUGUUGGGACGUAUUCCCAGAAUGAAAGCGAGAAAUUAACGCAUGUGCCCUAUGACAGUGUGCAUGUUUCCUUAAAUUUGUUAGACAGCGAGCGCCAUCUGGGAUACUUACUUGGUUUACACGCCUAUCACAUGCGGCAGAGUUUGAAACUACAUGAGUCUGAAAUAACUGCUAAAAACUGGUUGAAUGCUUCGUUCCUCAGCGGAGGAUUGCAGGUUCUACAACCGCCGAAUCCCUACGAGGAGGAAAAAGGUGAUGAUAGAAGUACGAAUUCUACAGCUGGGAAUACGCCAACCGAGCCGAAGGUUACGCAUAAUAAACUUAUACGGACCACAACCACUAGUCAGCUACCAAUAAAUAGGAUUAAUUCGUUUAUCAAUGCGUUGGCGGAGAGUCGACUCUCGGAUUCGUUUGUAAUAGCGUUCUUGGCGAUAGUCGAACAGCAUUCGAAACAGAACAAUUAUCUCAGUCGCGUGGACUUUAGCUUCGAGCAUCCGUUAGAAGAGAUCAGUAGAGUCCUGUUUGCCGUGCUCCUGAAGCAUCUAGGCUUUGGCUACAUUCUGCUACCCAUUUUAGAUGCAUAUUCCACUCAACCCAACGUGAAACUUCCCAAAGCACUCGCUGAAAUGUUGAAACUAGUCUACCAAACCAAAUGGAACCUGAUUAAACUACGACAGGAAUUGAACAGAUCCUAUAAAGAAAUCUGCAUUCCUAUUCUAGAACGUUCGUUUUUGUUGUACGAAAUCAAACCUGCGAUCAGUGUCGAAAUGGAAGCUUUUCGCAAUGUAAACGUCCUGUAUAAAGAACCACGUGUUAAGACCUUGGUUAGGAAAGUCAUCAAAGACUUAAAAUGUGGCCGCCAUACUUCUGAUACAAAACCGGAAGACAUCGUCAACGCAACUAUACAAUCACAAUCCAUAGAAAAACACAAAUCAUGCGAGGAUUUAGCUAAGAACGCGAUUAAAAAAUGCGCGUCCGAUGGAAAAAUCGCCGAGAGUAAAAGCGACACGGAUGACGUCAACAACGAAAUCAAAAAUGGCGGCAUGGAUAAGUCAACAGCGGAACGCGUCAUGUCCGAGAGUUACAAUCAAAAUUCCAGCAAACGUAAUGAUUUCCUGGAUGAUUCCGAGAAAGAAAAACUAGAGAAAGAUAAAGCCAAGGUCAAAGAUCCUGUCAAGGUCAAAAAGUACGAAAAUGAUGCUGCGUUAGCAGGAUUGCUACAGAAACUCACCGAAAAGAAAAUGAAAAAGAUCUCGAAUGACAAUAUCGAAUUGAUGAUGAAAAUCUUAGAUUUUGUUCUUGCCGGCAGCAAAAAUGAGUCAUCGAAUGCCACAAUCGUGAAAGACAACAGUGGGGAUGUUGAUGUAUUAAGAAGAGCUAUGUAUUCACAAGUUAUGCGGUGUAAAGUGAGAAAAGAAGGUUUAGAGUUAAUAUUUAAGUUAUUAACGAAGACUUAUCUUUUGACUUCGACAAAGUACGCCAUUGUGAAUGGAUAUCUAGGAUGUACGAAUCUCUCGAAACAAGGUAAAGUCGCGCAUUGUUUGGAUGAUGUCCAACUUAUCACACCAACGAGUAAAACUGAAUUAUUACUCGGUCAACUCAAAGUCACAGAAUGGUGUAUCGAUACACUGCGGAAUUACGUCCUAAGGGAUUUACCAAGUCGACAUGUGAAGAAAGGUCAACCCAAGGUCAACAUGAACAUCAACCUUGGCACCUACACCCUGUUAAGAGACGUCCCGAGAGCUAGAAUGUUAUUGUCUAUUCUAGGAAUGUUAGCUUCCAAUCAUUACCUACCAAUGGAGUUGUCCCCGUUGAUUAACAGCGGGAUGAUAAGUUCAGUCUUGGCGUUACUGCGUCAAACCGGCGGGGAUCAGAGUAUCGUACGUAAAGUUUCUGAGUUUUAUGUGGUUUAUGCUGAUAUUAUAUCACAGACACGUCCGAAGCGUGGUGCGUUGACAAUGGCGGAAAUAGCCGCCAUGAUGAAAUUGGGUGUGAGGGUUGUACGCGGUCCGGAUUGGAAAUGGGGCGAUCAAGAUGUCGGCAUAUGUCGCGAGGGGCGCGUGAUUGGUGAAUUGGGAGAUGAUGGCUGGGUGCGUGUGGAAUGGGCCAAUGGCACUACGAAUAGUUAUAGAAUGGGUAAAGAGGGGAAGUAUGAUCUGGCGUUGGCCACGCCCCCUAGCCCGAUCACAUCCGAUACGGAUAGUGAGGAUUUGACAGAUCAGGGACUUGGAAGUCAGAUUGUAGUGCGUGAUAAUCAACUUAUAAAGUUACGUGAAUCAAGUAUUAAUUUCCUGCGUGUUAUAACUGUCAGUGGUGGUUUGGCAAAGAGUAAUCUAGAUCCUUCCACAAUGCAUGGAUUAUCUAGCUUAUUCUGCAGUACGUUGAACUCUGGUAAUCAAGAGUGGUGUAGUCUGACACUCAUGCACUCUAUUGCGCAGACUCCACAACAUUGCACUGCGCUUAGCACCAAACCAUGGAUCAAUAUGUUGUUGGGUUUCAUUUCUACACAACCAAAUGCAUGUGGGAAUGUUGUAAAUCUCCCUAAACAGAUUUUAUCUGUAAGACUACUCAAAGAAGUUUUACAAACAUGGGACUUAGAUAAUGGCGACAUUCAUAAUGUCCUUGAAAAAAUCCUCGGGAUCCUAGGCAGGAUAAUAUUGACAUGUUGUUAUGAUACCAGCAAUAAACCUGUGAGCGAGAAUAAAUCGCUCAUGUUAUUGACACAAUCACACAGCGCUACACUCGCCGCGGAAAUUGUGGGUCUACUGAGACAUUUGCAUGGUUUUGUUGGGUGGAACCAAGUGUUGAAUUCUAUACUAGCACAGAAGUUGCAGUUGGCUGCGUAUUACCUUCAGAGUGAUUGUAAUAUGUUUCAUGUGUUUGAUGAUAGCACCAAUGAUCAAUACAUGGUGAUUGCCACGUUGAAUGUUUUGGGAUCGUGGGAUGCAAGACCACGAAUCGGGUCUUAUGUAGAAGUGGAUAAUCAAGAGGGUACUGUGACGAGGGUAUCGCAAAAGGGGAAGAUUUGUGUGCAGUUGCACAAAACCGGCGAGACGAAUAAGUAUUACAUCGAGGAUUUGAAGUUGCAAGCACCGCAGAAUUUCAAUUUGGAUAAGAUGCUCAUGGGUGAUGGGUUGGUUAAGGUCUGGGCCACGUUGUUGAUCAAUCGGCAGACGUCUAGUAAUAGUUACGAGAGAAAGACCACGUAUGGAUUGGUUAAUACUUCAUAUUUACGCUCGCAAAUCAACAUGCUCUCUGUGUUGAACGCCACAAAAGUCCUUCAAUUCAACCAAUCAAAACUCCGCCGUAUUCUUAAACAUCUGUCGACUCUGGAACAAUCCACUGAACAGAUGUCUUCCUACGAAGAAGAACCCUGCGCACCAGUUCUCCUCAUUCAAAAGAUUCUCAUGAAAGCAACGCAGCCGUCCCCUUUGAAACCCAUCUAUUCCAUGGAAGAACUCCAAUUGGCCGCUCUCAACCUCUCUCAAUACCUGGCAGCUGAAGCCUCCAAUGAUAAACCCUCCCCGACCACUAUAUCCAAUGAUAAAUUCAAAAACAUUCCUCCUCCUAGUUUAAUCACAGGUAUUAAUCAAGCUGUGAGUGAACUCCCGACGCCCAACAGCGAGUGUUCCGUCAAGUCUAUGUUUAGCGAUAGUAAUACCAACACAAACACGAAUACCAACACAAACAAGAGUAAUACCAAGAAGAAGAAGGAUACAGGUGAGCAGUUACCUUCGAAUCCAAUUGUACAACAGAUUGUCGAGAUGGGUUUCACUAAGAAAUGCGUGGAGAACGCGAUGAAGACCAUAGGUGUCGCUGCUGACGCUUUAAUCACACCGGAAAUAAUUGUUUCAUGGUUAUUGGAACACCCGGAUGUGGUCACAUCAGAUACAGAAAGUAUCAGUAGUUAUUACAGUUCAGACACAGAGAGUGUUUCGGAUCAAGUGGAGUUGGGUAUGCAUGGGUACGGAGAAUGUCCAGGGUUGGAAGCUGUGGGGGUUGCUGGUGCGUCUGGUACCACAGCUGUGACAUCAAUAGCAUACAGUCAACGCACUGAUUUUUUGUCCAAUGAUGAAUAUGCUAUGUACAUCAGGGAUAACAUCGAGGUGGGGAUGUUGGUGAGGUGUUGUAGGAGUUAUGAAGAGGUCCACGUGGGUGAUAUUGGCAAGGUUUUCAAAAUAGACAAGGAAGGUUUGCACGAUUUGAACGUGCAAGUCAACUGGCAGCACAGGAUCAAUACAUAUUGGGUGCGGUUUAUUCAUAUUGAGUUACUGGGUUUUCCUCCGGCCCUACCAGCACCUACUAGUAUUAAAGUGGGGGAUAAAGUGAGGGUGAAGUCAUCAGUGGCGACACCUAGAUAUAAAUGGGGUUAUGUUACGCAUGACAGCGUUGGUGUUGUCACUUUGAUUGCUGAAAACGGCCAUGAUGUAACCGUGGACUUUCCGAAGCAAUCCGGAUGGACGGGACUCAUCUCUGAGAUGGAGAUAGUCCCCUGUAAUCAUGAAGGUAUCGCUUGUAAUGGCUGCGGGGUGAAUCCCAUCAAAGGUCCACGGUAUAAAUGUAAAACCUGUGAGAAUUACGAUUACUGCGAGAAUUGUUUCUAUACCAGGAAGAAUCACAGGCAUUCUUUCAAUCGUAUAAUGGUGAUUGGCGCACCGGAAGUCUACGUUGGUAAACCUGGUAAAUACUAUCGUAAUGAUUAUGUAGAUACAGAGGGUUUGACUAUUUCGGAAUGGUCAAAGUGUGUGAAGAAUGUUCAGGUCUCUUCGAAAGCUAAUCCUAGUCUGAGAUAUGAUUGGCCACAUUGUGUAUGGCAAAGUUGUGGUAAACAAGGUGAGCAUUGGAUCCGUCUAGAGAUACACAAAGAUAUUGUCAUCAAAAAUCUACAAAUGGGAGUUGAUCAAGCUGAUAAUUCCUACAUGCCAUCGGUGAUUAUAGUUAGUGGGGGCGCCACACCACGAUCCAUGGCUGAGUUGAAUGUUGCCUAUGUUAGAAACACGGAUACCACUGUGAUGGUCCUGGCCAAUCAGGAAGUGCACUAUCCGUUUAUAGAGAUUUCUAUUAUUAAAUGCAAAAACCGCGGGAUAGACUGCAAAAUACACGGGUUGCGUAUACAGGGUGUAAAGAAACCGACGAUACAUGAACUGAAAACAUCUGUGUCUUUCCUGGCGAAUGAUUGGGACGUAGGGCAGGAGAUUGGUAUUGGUAUGCCGUAUGUCACUCAGGAGGUAUCCUAUGACCGUAGUGAUAGGAUGAUUAGCGAAUCUACAUCAAGCACACCUUGUAAAGUCUUCGUUUGGGGAUUGAAUGAUAAGGAUCAACUUGGUGGUAUGAAGGGUUCCAAGGUGAAGAUACCCAUGCAGUCGGACAUCUUGAGUCAGUUCCGGCCGAUUCACAUUGCUGGCGGGUCAAAGUCAUUGUUUAUUGUUUCACAGGAAGGAAAAUUGUACGCAUGUGGUGAGGGUACCAAUGGUCGUCUUGGACUUGGUCACAACAGCAACGUGCCCUACCCUCGACAAAUACCAUUUUUAUCACACUAUGUGAUCAAAAAGGUCGCGGUUCAUUCAGGAGGUAAACACGCGAUGGCUCUCACUCUAGAUGGUAAGGUAUUCUCAUGGGGGGAAGGUGAAGAUGGUAAGCUAGGCCAUGGCAAUCGUCUGAAUCUAGACAAACCAAAAAUGAUUGAUAAACUGCGCUCGAAACGAAUUCGUGACAUUGCCUGUGGUAGUUCUCAUUCAGCUGCUAUCAGCUCCAACGGGGAGUUGUAUACUUGGGGAUUAGGAGAAUACGGAAGAUUCGGUCACGGUGAUAACAUAACCCAACUUACGCCAAGACUAGUAAAAUCCCUAAUAGGACACAGAAUCGUACAAGUUGCAUGUGGUAGCCGUGAUGCGCAGACCCUGGCUCUGAGUGAUGAAGGUAUGGUCUUCUCAUGGGGAGAUGGUGACUUUGGUAAACUAGGCCGAGGUGGAUCCGAAGGCUGCAACACCCCACAAAAUAUUGAAAGAUUAAAUUCUUUGGGAGUCAUACAGAUUGAAUGCGGCGCGCAGUUUUCUCUUGCUUUGACCAGAGCUGGUGAAGUAUGGACAUGGGGUAAAGGAGACUACUUCCGGCUAGGUCAUGGCGCUGAUCAACACGUGAGGAAACCCACAAUCAUCGAAACCUUCCGCGAGAAAAAAAUCGUCCAUGUUGCUGUUGGUGCCCUUCAUUGUUUGGCUGUAACCUGUACAGGACAAGUCUACGCAUGGGGUGAUAAUGAUCAUGGACAACAGGGUAAUGGUACCACAACAGUCAAUCGUAAACCCGCGUUGGUUCAUGGCCUGGAAGAUGUUUCCGUUAAUCGUGUUGCAUGCGGUAGUUCACAUUCAAUCGCAUGGAUGAUGUCUGAUUUACGCAUGGUGAACAAACAGGAACCUGUAAUUUUCUCCGCACCGAAAGAUCCGCUAGGUGCGUCUAUGCUUGGAUUAUACGAUGGGGAAAAAACAACUACAACUGAUUAUGAAAAAGAAACAAGUUUAGGGAUUAUUGUCAUGUCUCUGGAGAGUAAUACAGCUAAACAACAAGCGCUGCAACAUAUUCUCAACGCGAUACACAUUCAACAAUUAAGACAGAGUAUUGUAAAAGCUCUGAGGAGUCAUACCAACAUGAUGAGUACUUCUACAAACUCAAAAGCCACUAUGGAAGAUACUUCUGAAUGUGUACCUAUUGUAGAAGUUUUGAAAAAAGACAGCGAUACUAUAGUCUUAGGCGGAGGAGAAGCCCCGGUUUCUUUAACAGAACUAACCUCAAUCAACAGCCAUCACUCUACACCUGACAGUGAUGAAAAUCCUUUAGCGUUGUUGCAGAGUAUGACUGCUAGCAGUUGUUCAGCGUCAGCUUCCGCUAGUAUAUCAUCAAAACAUUCCAAGAUGUCUACCAGCGCCAUGUCUGUCAUCGCAGCAACUCUAACCUCACAUGCAGAAGUUUGUGGAAAUCAUGAUGCAUCACAACUGGAUGAAUUUACAUCACUUUUGAGUGAAUCUGAUGCAAGAUUACUGGUAGAUCUGUUAAAAUUAGCUGUUCAGGAAAGGAUUGAAGAUGAUCAAGCAAAGGAAAUCUUAUCCACUGCUUUAAUCAACAUGGGAAGCGCUAAUAAACAAAUUGGUGGUAUGUUACUGGAGUUAUGCAUCACGGAAUUGGAAGAUACAACGAGUAAUACAACCAUGUUGUCUUGUACCCCGCAUCCUGUUGUUCAGGAAUCAUCACAUCCUUAUAUAGAUGAUGUCACACUUCGUGGACAUGUGAGGAUACCAGGUGCGGAUUCCCUUCGUGUAGAGUUUGAUAGAAGGUGUUCCACUGAAAGGAGACAUGACCCUCUUCAGAUUAUCGACGGGAGUGGAAAGGUGGUUGCUACUAGAUCAGGUAGAGAAUGGACUGAUUGGUCCACAGAGGUAAGGAUACCAGGAGAUGAGCUCCGGUGGAAUUUCGUAUCGGAUUCAUCUGUGAAUGGCUGGGGAUGGAGGUUUACCGUGUAUCCAGUUGUUUCCAAUCAUAAUCCACGGGAGAUUGGUUCGGAUAGGUCUAUUUUGAGUCAACCUUCAGUUGAUAUGGUCAUGUGUCUCUUGGAUCCCAAGUUGUAUAAAUCUGUGGAUGCCAGUUUGAUGUCCCGAUUAGCUGCGUCACUUGCCGCAUGCUCCCAGUUGAGUUACCUGGCUGCUUCGCAACGUAUGUGGUGUUUACAACGUCUACAUCGUUUGUUGGUACAUGAAGCUGACCGGAAUGGUCUUGCGAAUCAACUGCAACAACUGAAAGCUCAUGAAAAUGCGCUGGGAGGGUUGUUGGAAGCUCUUCCACAGGCACUUCUGAGACAAUAUGAAUAUGAAGAUAUUUCUGUGCGUGCUGGGUUACACCUGAUGCACUCUGACUUCUUUAAAGUCCUUGCAGCGCUUGCAUGUGAUUUGGAACUGGUUAAAAUCAUUGGGUCCUUGUCAGAUAACCACAAAUGGUCUUGGUUUAGGAGGUAUUGUAACGCCGCGAGGGUUGCAAAGGCGUUGAUUAACCGUCAGCAGUUGCCUUUGUCUUUCUGUCAUGAAGUGAGGAAGAAAUCAUCGGAUAUGACGCAGGAGAUGACUGCUGAUGUCUGGGACCAUGAAAAUCAUAAGAUUUUCAAGAAGGAGCAUGAUGAGCAACUGUUGCAGUGGUUGAGUAGAAGACCUGAAGACUGGACGUUAUCCUGGGGUGGAUCUGGGACCAUUUAUGGUUGGGGACAUAACCAUCGUGGGCAGCUAGGAGGAAUUGAAGGGACGAAGAUUAAAAUGCCUACAGUUUGUGAAGCCCUGUCAAGUUUAAGACCUGUGCAGUUAGUGGGCGGGGAGCAGACAUUGAUUGCUGUGACAGCUGAUGGUAAAGUCUAUGCGACUGGGUAUGGCGCUGGAGGUAGGUUAGGUAUAGGAGGGAUUGAUUCCGUGUUGGUUCCUACUCUUUUGGAGUCCAUUCAACAUAUUUUCAUCAAAAAGGUUGCUGUUAAUAGCGGUGGGAAACAUUGUUUGGCUUUGUCAGCUGAUAAUGAGGUUUAUUCAUGGGGUGAGGGAGAUGAUGGUAAACUAGGACACAAUAAUAAAAACACUUGUGAUCGUCCCAAACUAGUCGAAGCUCUUCAAGGCUAUGAAAUAAUAGACAUAGCUUGUGGUGGGGCACAUUCCGCUGCGAUUGACGCCAAUGGGCAGUUAUUCACAUGGGGUAAAGGCCGUUAUGGCCGAUUGGGUCACGGAGACUCCGAAGACCAACUAAAACCUAAAUUAGUCGAAUGUUUACUUGGAUACAGAGUAAUAGACGUAGCAUGCGGGUCAGGCGAUGCCCAAACACUCUGCAUUACCGACGAUGACAACGUCUGGUCAUGGGGUGAUGGUGACUAUGGUAAACUAGGUCGUGGUGGGUCAGAUGGUUGUAAACUCCCGCAGAAAAUUGAAUCCCUUGCCGGAUUGGGAAUCAUCAAAGUAGAAUGUGGUUCACAGUUUUCCGUAGCUCUUACUAAAUCAGGCGCUGUGUAUACAUGGGGUAAAGGUGACUACCAUCGUCUGGGACAUGGUCCAGAUGAUCAUGUAAGAAGACCUCGAAAAGUAGCCACUCUCCAAGGGAAAAAGAUCAUUUCCAUAGCGACUGGAUCACUGCAUUGUGUAGCAUGUUCAGAUGAAGGUGAAGUCUACACUUGGGGUGAUAAUGACGAAGGUCAACUUGGAGAUGGCAGCACUAAUGCUAUACAAAGACCUAGAUUAGUCACUGCGUUGCAAGGAAAAAGAAUAACACACGUUGCGUGUGGUUCCGCGCAUACUCUAGCUUGGUCAACGAAUAAUCACACUGCGUGUGCACGGUUACCAGCAGCCGCACCAAUGGAAUUUGAUUUACUGAAAGAUAUCCCCAUGGCGGUCCUGCAUAGAAGAUUGGUUAUGUUGCAUCAUUUUGCAGAGUUGAUUUGUCCGUGUAUUACGAUGUUCCCGAUCACAGGAAGUGGUUCUCUGAGUGAAUUAAGGAAUAUUUUGGUUUAUUCUAUAAAAGAAGCUACAUUCCGAAAGGUGAUACAAGCAACGAUGGUUCGUGAUAAACAACAUGGUCCCGUGAUAGAACUGAAUAGAAUCCAGGUAAAACGGUCAAGAUCUCGUGGUGGUUUAGCUGGCGUCGACGGAAUGAAGUCAGUUUUUGGUCAAAUGGUCAGUAAGUUAACUCUGUUAACAUCUGAAGCACUUUCUUUACCCCAUCGCGUGUGGAAGGUGAAAUUCGUCGGUGAAUCCGUCGAUGAUUGUGGUGGAGGUUACAGUGAAUCCAUUGCUGAGAUGUGUGAUGAGUUACAAAAUGGCUCCCUGCCUUUACUCAUACCCACACCUAAUGGCAGAGAUGAAGCCGGGACAAGUCGUGAUUGUUUUCUGUUGAAUCCACUUGCAAAAUCAUGUUUACACCUGAAUAUGAUGCGGUUCUUGGGUGUUCUCAUGGGUAUAGCCAUCAGGACUGGUUCUCCAUUGAGUAUUAACCUCGCUGAGUGUGUUUGGAAGCAAUUGGCAGGCAUGGAAAUGACUCCAGCGGAUUUAACAGAAGUUGAUCGGGAUUAUGUUCCGGGAUUGCUGUGUAUUCGUGAUAUGAACCCCGAUGAGAGGUUGUUUCAAAAUUUGGAGAUGCCGUUUUCUACUCCGUCGACUGCAGGAGUUGAUGUACCGUUGAGUACGAAGUAUAAGAACAUCACGCAUGAGAAUCGAUUGGAAUAUGUGCGAUUAGCGCUUAAUUUUAGGUUACAUGAAUUUGACGAACAAGUUAAGGCUGUGCGUGAUGGCAUGUCGAAAGUGAUUCCGGUGCCGCUUCUUUCGUUAUUCAGCGCCUAUGAACUGGAAACCAUGGUUUGUGGGUCUCCGGAUAUUCCUUUGUCUUUGUUGAAGUCUGUGGCUUCAUAUAAAGGUAUUGAUUGCACCGCCCCGUUGAUUCAAUGGUUCUGGGAGGUUAUGGAAGAGUUCUCCAAUCAGGAGCGUUCGCUGUUUCUACGUUUCGUGUGGGGACGGACACGCCUACCGCGCACGAUCGCCGAUUUCCGUGGGCGCGACUUUGUCAUUCAAAUUUUGGAUAAAUACAACCCUCCUGACCACUUCCUGCCCGAAAGUUAUACAUGUUUCUUCCUCUUGAAGAUGCCACGAUAUUCUUGCAAGCCUGUCCUACAAGAAAAAUUAAAAUAUGCCAUCCACUUCUGUAAGUCAAUCGACACGGACGAAUACGCGCGGGUAGCAAUGGCCGGAGAUUUAGCGGUGAGCAGCUCAUCGGAUGCCGAUAGUGAUCCGGAGAUGGACAGUGACCAUGAGCAGCUGAUAGCGCCACCUACCACAGUUGUUUAAGGAGACUGCCAACUAAAAAAAAAGCAUAUAUUGCCUACGAGAUAGGCAACCAACAGUGCAUGCACACAUGCACACUAAUCAUUUCACAUACACAAUCAAUUUUAUUCACUUUAUUCACCAGUUUUGAGGCGUUUCUUUACACACAUUUUUGCUGGGAGAGUAUUAUUUUGCCGCUAUUUAUCAUUUUUAUAUUCGAACUUCUUGAAUUGCGUCGGAUUUCUAGGGAGAUGAUAAAUUCUAGUAGCUGACUAUGUGGCGCACGAAAAACUCGAUACACACCUUGUAUACAAAAAAGAAUCCUAACUAUUUUGCUUACGACAAAUUGAAACAUUGUACAUACACUAUGCUGGAUAUGUGUUUACGUGUACGCCGAGGCAGGAGGGACAGUAAGAUGUGAUUUGUGUUCAUAUUCUAUUUAAAGUUUUGUUAAUUUGUUUUUUUUGCGUCGAAGUGAUUGUCGAGAUGUGCAGAGGCAAUUUCAUCGCAUAUUAUAUACAUAUAUUAUCAUUAAUGCCUAGUCAAAUUACAAAGAGAUAUUAAAGUAACAUAAUUUGUCAGUGAA